AUGCCAUGUUGUCCAUCAAACAUGGUCUGUCCAGGUUAGUUAUAAAAUAAACCAGUUUGCAUUGCAUUAAUUUUUCGUAUUCCCCACCUCAACUCACUCUAUUCACAUUUCGCAAUAGAAACAUACUUUGCCUCGUACACAUAUCAUCAUCCAGUUAUCGUAUGCCACGAGAAGAUGAGUUAAGAAUCUCGUCACAUAUUCUAAUCAAAUACUAUAUUUCCGUCUUCCUUUUUCAGAUAAACCACCGUGUGUCCCUGACACUGGUGGUUAUAAGGGUUUCCAAGGUUACAUUAACUAUCCAGGGUACCCACCUAAUUACCAGUCCCAAGCUGUACCGAGCUUUCAGCCUCAAGUGGCUCCAACUUCGCCGCAUUACGCGAAUCCCGGACCUGCUGCCAAGAAUAGCAAGGCAAACCCAGUCAAGGCACGUCCUACAUCAGAAAAAGCUUCCACUAGAAAAGUCUCUUCUUGGGACCAACUGGGAUCUGACAGGAAUGCUUCACCACAAACGAAGGGUUUUAUUUCAGACGCAGAUGACUACCAUGAAUUCAAAGGGACGGAACAGAGCUUUGCAGGGUACGAUUUUAAACAGAAUGAAGACAAAUUCUACAACAGCACUGGAAAACAUGAGGACGAAAAUAAAGAGUUUUUAGAAAAAAAUGACUCGAAUCCGCUGACAACGCAGUUGAUAUUAGAGAACGAAAAUAACCAUGUUCGAGAGAAUAAUUCUAUUACACCAACUAAAGAGAACGAUAAGGAAAAUGUGAAACAACAGAAGUCCUCCGAAGAGCCAAAUUACAAGGAUGAAAUCGAGAAAGAAGCCGUGGAACAAGAGAAAGAAGCUGAUCGGAUGGCUGAAAAUGAAGAACAUAAAGAUGACGAGGACGACGACGACGAUGACAAUGAUAAUGAUGACGAUGACGAUGACAACGAUGACGAAGAAGACGAUGAAGAUGAUGAUGAACGAAAUGACAACGAUGAUGACCAUCAGGGACAACACGCACCUGAUAACAAAGGACAAAAGGAUGACAUCUACAAUCCUACAAAUCAAUCAUUUGCAGUCUCUCCAAGAGUGCUUCCAGGAAUGUGUCCACCUUGUCGUAAGUAAUACCAAAGUGUUAAUGUCAAGGAAUGUAUAAUCACGACAUCUCUACUGCUGUCAUAUCAUAAAUAAAUAAGAUAGGAUUAGUGGAAAAAUCAUUUAGUGGUCGGAUCACACCGUAAUAUUAAAUCAAAUUGAAUUAAACUGUCUACAUAUGAGAUUAUAUUAAAAUGACUAAUUCUGUUUUUUUUUGUUUCCAUUUUGCAGCAAAGCCAACAAAAGCGCAAGGUAAAGAAAUCCAAAAUAUUAACACAACAUCUGUCAUGUAUUUAUAUUUACGAAAUAUUCCUUCAAGAAAUCGCAAAGUGCUAUUUUAGUCAUAAACAUUUGUGACAUAUAACUCAUAGUCAGCAAUAGUGUUUUCUUAAGGAAGACUUAGCAGUUAAAACACCAGGUCAAUCUGUGCAUAUCGUUCAAUUUUGUACUGAUCCACUGCGUGAUCGAUGUUUUCGCUCAAUACAAAAUUCACUCUUACCUUGGCCUUAGAAUGGAGAAGGGUUCUAUUUAGAUCAUUGAAAUCACUCCCAGCUUUGGGUUGAUACUUUACUUCUCAUAAUCAAAUAAACACAAUUCAGUUUACACACACUUAUGUUACGACAUCGCUUAAUCUAACCAGCGUUAUGUUGUAUUAACAUCCUCUCAGCUUGUAGCGCCAAAAUAGAUCUGGCUUUCCUAAUCGAUGGUUCUUCAAGCGUUGAAAGAUACGGUGUCGGAAACUUCCGAAAACUAAUCGAAUUUGUCCGAGGACUGACGAUGGGAUUCGCCAUUUCCAAAAGAAAUACCCGAGUGUCCUUAACUGUGUAUGGCACAAGACCAAAGAUGAUAUUUAAUUUCCGAAGGUUGGUUGUCUCAUGAAAAAGUACUGUUAUCAUCUGUAGGAAAUAGUUUAAAACUAGUGUAGGAAAUACUUUAAAGCUAGUGUGAAAUAUAUUCUUAAAUCAAUGAUGUAUUCGCUGUUAUAACUGUGAUCAGGCUGCUUUUCAGUAUAAGAUGGGAAAUCUGAACUCACUGGUCGCGAUAUCCAAAAUGAAUGACUUUUUUUGAAAUAUUCGUUGAUGUUCAGUUCAAUCACUCCACGGAAAACUGAAACGUUUAGAAUGAUUGUUUCGAACGAAAGUGGUAUGACAGAUUCCCCCUUACAAUGGAAAUAGCGAUCAUCUUUGACCUCCUUGUUAAAGUUUACAUAUCUGGUUUCCCAUCUUUGAAUUUCGAAGGGUGGAUAAUACUUAUCCAUCAGACAGCAGUGGAAGUUAUCUAAUGCCUGUUCUGGCCCUCGUAUUUCCAAAAAAUUUUUUCUAUGAAAAAAUUAAAGUAAAUUGACAGAUGUAGAAUUUGAUCAUUGACUUUCGGUUAUUUCAGAUAUCAGAGUAACUCAUUGUUAUUCACGGCUCUCAACCGACCAAUCUACUAUCCACGGACAGGAGCGAGAACAGGUCGGGCUCUCAGCUUUGCCAACAGAAGGCUUUUCACGGGAAGCCGACGUGUUCGAGCUCGUAAAGUACUGGUGGUUAUUACUGAUGGUGGCUCAAUCGAUGACGUACAUGGAAUCUCUAAGAGACUACGAGCCAACGGUAUCACAAUCUAUUCAGUAGGAGUGGGAAGGUACUUCAACGCAAAGGAAUUGGACUCGAUGGCAACUGAUCCUGACAAGACGCACGUUUUCACGUCGGAUUUUAAGCAGAUACAGUACAUCACAAACGAUCUUAAGAAAGCGAUCUGUUUGAGUAAGUAUUCAACGAGCUUAAGCACCAAACGAACUCACCGUGCGAGAAAAAAUUGAUUGGAGUCAAAGUCUCAACUCAGUCGAUAUUUUUUACAUAUUUGCUCACAGACGCACAUCAUCUAACGGAGUGCAACAUUGAGGUCAUUUGUAGAUCAAUGAAUGAAAUGUUCAAACUGGAUAACAAUUAUAUUCAUUGAAUCACACUGCACAAUACCUGUCGAUUUUGUGCUUCCUUAGUAAAAAAUAUCUAGAAAUAAUUUUAAAAAUAACCAAUGUUCUAUAAGGGUCCUAUACCGUUAGAUGUGUUGACCUAUUAUAAGCUUCCAAAAAUUUGAGCUCCCGAUUACCUCUCCUACUUUUCUCCAAAACACAUUCAUCACACAAGGUCUUACGUGGACAGAAAAAAGGAAAAAACACGGAUUUACUCAUCGACAGCAUGUACUUGCCCACGGUGGAGAAAGAGAAGAGGAUGUUGUCCUUCAACCUCUUUCUGAUUCUGUAAUUUGAACAUUAUGUAACUUAUCUAAUCUGUCAUAUACCCUGUUUAAUGGUUAACCUGCUGCUGUUUAGGUGCGGGUGGUACUCUGUCAGUUUCAAAGCUUCAGCCAUGUGUUUGCGGACCAACUAAACCAGUAGGUCCUACAAAACCGGGUUAGUAUGAAGAUGUUAAGCUAAAUGGUACCCUUCAAAAUGUCAAAUAGUAGUCUACAAUUCUUCUAAUAUUUACACUUGUUAGUCCCUUGAUAUGCGAGAGUGGAUUCGUUUCAAAACCUACAGUUUUAAACCUGUAGAGGUUACUCAUAUCAUGUGAUCGAUCUCUUAGAUAGAAUAUAUGACGCACAAACCUCAACUGUCCUUCUUUCUGGCGAAAAGAUAGUGGAGCGGAAAGCGUUCAUUAGAAAGGAUACUCUUGAGUAAUAAAUCCUAUGCAUCUCAAGAUUGACUGAUGGACUUCUAACAAUUGGCAUGUUUUUAUUGCAGUAUCUAAGACAACACCGAAAAGAGGCGGCCCAGGUAAACCUGGAAAACCAGGUGGUCCAGGUGGUCCUGGUGGUCCCGGGGGUCCUGGUGGGCCUGGAGGACCGGGUGGACCAGGCGGCCCAGGAGGUCCUGGAGGGCCUAAACCUGGUACAACCACAAAGCCAACGAAAAAUCCUCCAGGUGAGGAAUUCACAACCCAUCUUGCUAUUACACAGUUUGAUCAUAGCAUCGCCUGAUGCUAUCUCAUUUACGCUUUUAAAGGUAAACCAGGUGGACCUGGAGGACCUGGAGGACCCGGCGGACCCGGAGGACCUAGUGGCCCAGGUGGCCCUGGAGGUCCCGGAGGACCAGGUGGUCCUGGAGGUCCAGGUGGGCCUGGUGGACCCGGAGGACCAAAGACAACCCCAAGACCAGGGAAAACAACAAAGCCUCCAGGUAAGCCUGGAGGCCCUGGGGGACCUGGAGGUCCAGGAGGGCCUGGCGGCCCAGGAGGCCCAGGUGGUCCCGGCGGACCAGGCGGACCAACAACCAAGAAACCAGGUACGACUUGAGCUUAUGGAAGCUUUGAAAAAAAUAAUUCAAGGAUUAGGACAAAUAGUGUCAGUGAACAAUACAUUUUCUAUUGACAUGCACCUAAGCUGCCAAUUGAUGUUAGUGCCAAAUUAUGAUAUAUUAUGAUCGUUAUAGUUUUGAGCGAGAUGCUAAUUUACCAACUGAUGGUAAAGGAGACCGGCAACUUCGUUGUAUCAUAACAAUUAUUCCAAGUAUUGUUUUAUACCAAAUUUUUCUUGACGAUAUCAGUGUGAGCCGUUUACUUACGAAAAUAAAAUGGAUAUCGUAGUUACAAAAGAAGGAAGCACAAUUGUAGCCGUUGCACAACAUUUCUUCCAUAAAUUUCGUAUGUGUUCAUGCGGUGAAGACGCCUAUGAAAAAUUACUUCCUAGGAAAGUCUACAAGACCAACAAAACCAACAAAGAGACCUGGUAAACCUGGAGGACCCGGAGGACCUGGAGGCCCUGGAGGGCCUGGAGGUCCCGGAGGUCCAGGAGGUCCUGGAGGCCCUGGAGGUCCCGGAGGGCCUGGUGGAAAGACAACGCCCGUCCCAGGAAAAUCUACCAAACCUACUAAGCCAACAAAGAAGCCAGGGAAACCUGGAGGGCCUGGUGGACCUGGAGGUCCUGGAGGCCCAGGUGGACCAGGUGGGCCUGGAGGACCCGGAGGGCCAGGAGGACCCAAAACAAGCCGUCCGGGAACACCAACAAAGCCAACUAAACCAACAAAGAAACCAGGCACACCAGGAGGUCCGGGAGGCCCAAAAGGUCCUGGUGGUCCUGGAGGCCCUGGGGGACCUGGUGGCCCUGGAGGGCCUGGGGGUCCAGGAGGUCCUGGAGGACCUGGAGGGCCAGGUGGUCCAGGAGGACCAGGUGGACCUGGUGGUCCUACAACAGCAUCUCCAAGAGCACCAACCAAGAAGACGACACCAACUCCUUAUGCCCCGGGGAAACCCAAUGGCCCUGGAGGACCAGGGGGACCUGGGGGACCUGGAGGACCUGGUGGCCCAGGAGGACCUGGAGGACCUGGUGGACCAGGAGGGCCGGGAGGUAAUGUGUCAAAGAUAUCGUCUUAAUUGACUUAUGAAUAAUAUCUUAAUCAAUAACAUCAUACUGUAACAGAGGUUUUGGUCUUGAUAUUAAUUGUUAAACGUUAAUUUGCUACUUAAAGAGGGCGAUAGUGUCCUGGGUUCGUGCCCUCCACCUUGGUUAUUAAACACUCGGUUGUCCGUAUUUAAUUACUUUUGACCCUCUGUACGUUCACAAUGUUUGUUCCUAAUUAUUUUUUUUUCUUAUGUGUCACUUAAAAUGUAACAUGCAUUUGAAUAUAUCUUCAUGUUGAUUUGCGCCAUAGAAAUAUUGAUUAUUGCCAUACGCCUGCGGUUUCCCUUGCUCGAAAGAAGAUUGUGAUUGGUUGAUUGGUAAUCACGUGAGCCUGGAUUAAUCAAAAUGUGUCCCGCUCAAAUUAAAUUUUGACAGAAUGUCAAAACUGUAUCCUGAUUCGAAUACGUUUAUUAAAUGCGAUCAUUUUUCAGGUUUUUUCACGUAAUCAGAGCGUCGCUUAGGCCGGUGGUGUGAUUGUAGCGAGAUAUUUUUUAAGCUUUGUUAUCUUAACUCCUCGGGGAUUCCAGAAAAUUUAGAUUUGUCGCUAGCUCUCCGCCAAUUCUUAAAAUUACGAUGGACUAACCUGUGACGAAAAAGCAGCGCUCGUCUGCUUUAUCGAAAGACGAAAUCGAAUACUGGUUUAGCAGAAGGACUACGAAAAUACGGUUUUUUUAAAGGUACAUUUGUGGUGUUUACAAAAAGUGAAGUUUUACCAUUAUAAACGCUCCUUUUUUGCUAAUCCACAAUGUUCAUCCUUUAAAUGUAUAACAGAACACUUAGUGUCUGCUCCCUCGGGAAACAGUAAGUUUCUUCUCCAGAGAGUUGGAAGACUUCGUCUCAGUAAACAUUGAGACUCUCGGGAAGACAAAACAAACUGAUCCUAUCAGCAGCAGACAUCAAUUGCAUUUUAUCAAUCGUUAUCAAAAGCUCCUCGUGUUUACUGUCUCAUGGUUUGUUUACAUAGGUCCGGGUGGCCCAGGUGGUCCCGGGGGACCUGGCGGUCCGUACGGUCCCACAACAAAGAAACCAGGAAAACCAGGAGGACCUGGUGGUCCUGGAGGUCCAGGAGGACCUGGAGGACCUACUACAAAGCCUCCUGGAAAACCAGGAGGCCCCGGAACCCCAGGCGGUCCAGGAGGCCCAGGAGGUCCGGGUGGGCCCGGUGGUCCUGGAGGUCCAGGUGGACCUGGAGGUCCAAAUGGUCCCAAGACUACAACUCCAAGGCCAGGUGUGCCGACGAAAAAGCCAACCACAAGGAAACCGGGCACUCCAGGCGGACCAGGAGGCCCUAAGGGGCCUGGUGGACCCGGUGGCCCAGGAGGACCAGGUUUGUGAUACGGAACGAGUCUUCUUAUACGUUAAACGAACAAAAUAUAAGGAAAUCAAAGUUAAAUGAUAGUAUUAAAAAGAUCCUAGACGAGCGUUUGAACUCAAUUUCAGCAGUCAUGUCAUACCAAGUUUGAUGAAUAUAGGGUGACACUACCAAAGGGUUUUUUUGCCUUUUAAGAAUCCUUACUUAAACUUGCUGUUUUGCUGGCAAAUUGUGGUACAGGAAAGUAACAAAAUUGUUAAUUAUGUGAUUCAAUUAAUCGACUAAUCUGCAUUCCGUUUGAUUGGCCGUGGUGCAGCUGCCACAAUUUCCAUAUAUAGAUAAUGUAACGUUAAACCAGCUGGAAACCAGCCAAAUAGUAAACCUUUAUAACAGUACCGCUUAAAAACCUGAAGCUCACAUCAUGUUACGGACGUUAAGAAUGUAAGGGUCGUAAUGAAUUAAAUAAUUAAUGAAUAAUAUUUAUGAAAAUAUGUCGUUUAAAAAGUUAUUGCUCUAUUUUCAACAGGCGGACCUGGAGGUCCGGGGGGUCCUGGAGGCCCAGGUGGUCCAACAACUGCACGACCAGGUGUGCCUACCAAACCCACCAAACCAACAAAACGCCCAGGACGCCCAGGUGGACCAGGGGGUCCAGGAGGACCCGGAGGACCAGGAGGUCCUGGCGGACCUGGAGGACCUGGAGGACCCGGUGGACCUGGGGGUCCAGGAGGACCAACAACCGCGAGACCUGGGGUGCCAACAAAACCAACCAAACCAACAAAACGCCCGGGUAAACCAGGUGGACCAGGAGGGCCGAGUGGACCCGGAGGACCUGGAGGGCCUGGGGGUCCUGGUGGACCAGGUGGACCUGGGGGACCUGGAGGUCCGGGAGGACCAACAACUGCUAGACCUGGUGUACCAACUAAACCAACCAAACCAACAAAACGCCCAGGUACGCCAGGUGGACCAGGGGGGCCAAAAGGGCCAGGAGGACCUGGAGGUCCAGGAGGUCCUGGAGGACCAGGAGGACCAGGUGGGCCUGGAGGACCUGGAGGACCAGGAGGGCCAGGUACAGUGAGAGCUUUGUGCAAUCCACAACACUAUCUGCAAUCCAUAACACAUUUUUAACUUUUAUCAACGAGCCAGCAAAUUUUAAAAUGUUGCGAUAUAUUAUAUGCUCCUCUCAGACUGAAUUCUUCGUCUUUGUCCUUAAUGUUCGAAUAUGAUGCGACUGUUAACAACUUUAAAUUCAUAUUUGUUAUACUACUUGGCGAAUUGCGUUAGUUUUGCAAAGUUCUGACCAACUAAACCCGGAGCACUCGUUAUCAAGACAGUAUUAGAGUAUCAACAUUUUUUAAAAGCGAACAAUUUAGUCUUAGUACAGUUGUUUAGAUAUCUCGUAAGUUUCUUCUGAAGUAUCGCAACGAACAUCACAUGUCGAACACAACCUCCUGAACAUGAUCUAAUUACCAGGAACUUAACCUACCUAACAAACUCAGAUCUGAGUCGGAAGGAUCCAUUUACAACCCCGUGAUAGGAAACGUGAAUCUUAAACAUCAAGUAUUUUUUUCGAUAAUUCUAGGUGGACCUGGAGGGCCGCCAGCAGGACAGCCUACAACACCCGUCACAAAACCACCUGGUACUCCAGGAGGUCCAGGAGGUCCAGGAGGACCUGGUGGGCCUGGUGGACCUGGAGGACCUGGAGGACCAGGUGGACCAACAGGACCAACAAAGCCAACAAAGCCACCUGGCAAGCCUGGAGGACCUGGGGGACCAGGAGGGCCUGGAGGUCCAGGAGGUCCUGGAGGACCCACAACGAAACGUCCAGGAAAACCAGGGGGACCAGGGGGUCCAGGAGGCCCUGGAGGACCCGGUGGCCCUGGUGGGCCAGGAGGACCAACAACUAAACGACCAGGAACACCAGGUAAAAAAUUAAACCGUAACGGUGAAGCCAGCAGGAGUAAUGCAAAGCUGCCACUUUAAUAUGUUUUCGAUAGAACAAGUUGUCAUUCGUCUAUGGGAAUUACUGUGUUUUAAAUUUUUUGCUAAAGCUACUUAACAUUAAUUGAAAGCUGAGAAAAAUCGAGAUUGAAUUACGAUGGCCAAUGUUUUGAAAAAUGCAUCGAAACACUAUCAAGAUAUUAGAUUAUGAAGUGAUGAGCAAUGAAAGCAAAAGUAUGUCUCAAAUAUUAUUCAUUACUUUCCUAGAAAUUGGAGAGGUUUUAACGUGUUUUCCUUUGCUGAUAUCGGUAGUUCAUGUCUCUUCUAUUAAAUUUGGCUUUUAAGAUGCGAUACACUAUACAGCACAAAAUAUUCAUUAGAUUAUUCUGAACUUUAGGUGGCCCUGGAGGGCCAGGCGGCCCCGGAGGACCAGGUGGUCCUGGCGGUCCAGGAGGUCCUGGAGGACCUGGAGGUCCCACUACAAAACGUCCAGGUUCCCCAGGAGGACCAGGAGGUCCUGGUGGGCCUACCACAAAACCACCACCUGGGAAGCCUGGAGGUCCUGGGGGUCCAGGGGGACCAGGAGGUCCUGGAGGACCUGGAGGACCAGGCGGACCAGGAGGCCCAGGAGGACCAAAGACAAAGCCACCAAAACCAGGAGUACCUAAAACAACACCCACGACUAAGCCACCAGGAAAACCAGGCGGUCCUGGAGGCCCAGGGGGCCCUGGUGGACCAGGAGGACCAGGAGGUCCUGGAGGCCCUGGGGGUCCUGGAGGUCCCGGGGGACCCGGAGGUCCAAAAACAACAAAACCAGUUCCUACGAAGAAACCAACGAAACGCCCGGGAUCUCCCGGUGGGCCAGGAGGGCCAGGAGGACCAGGAGGGCCCGGUGGACCUGGAGGACCUGGAGGACCAGGGGGCCCUGGGGGACCAAAGACGAAACCUCCUGGUACUAAAACCAAACCUACCAAGUAUGCACCAGGAAACCCUGGAGGUCCUGGUGGUCCUGGAGGACCUGGUGGACCCGGCGGGCCAGGAGGACCGGGUGGGCCUGGAGGGCCACCAGCGAAGACCACGCCAAAAACACCCAAGACAAAAGCUCCAGGUCAGAUCACAAAAUAUUGAGAAAAGAAAUAAAGGGUUGCUAAUAAUCAUAAAAGUGGUACUGACUAUUAUCAUAAUCAUAAUGGUAAAAUUAAUGAUAAUGAUAGUGGAAUAGGUAAUUUGAUAAAUGGUAAAUACACAUCUGAGGGUUCCAACAGCGGCAGCACGUUGCACGUUACUUUCAGAGUUAGCUUACUCAAAACGACUCGUUUAUACUAAGAGAAGCAAAGAUGCAUACCUCGAAAUCGCAUACCGCGAAGAAGACAAAAGAAAAACUUAUUAUGGCAAAACUUAGAGAAAUUAUCACUUUGUGAUUUUUCUUUAACAAUACACCUUUGACAACGACAAUGACGGGAAGUGAACCAUAAAUACUAUCAUACUUCGUUCCCCUUUUUCAGGCAAACCUGGGGGACCUGGCGGACCUGGAGGUCCCGGAGGACCUGGGGGACCAACAACAAAGCGACCAGGAUCUCCGGGCGGACCUGGGGGACCUGGAGGUCCCGGUGGCCCUGGUGGACCUGGUGGUCCUGGUGGUCCAGGAGGCCCAGGUGGUCCAACAAAGAAACCUGGAAAGCCUGCAAAAACCACAACCAAACCCCCAGGAACACCUGGUGGUCCUGGCGGUCCGGGGGGCCCUGGGGGACCAGGGGGUCCAGGAGGACCAGGAGGCCCUGGGGGUCCAGGAGGUCCAGGAGGUCCAAAUGGUCCUACAACUGCUCCUCCAGGAAAACCCGGAGGACCUGGAGGCCCCGGGGGACCAGGAGGACCAGGAGGUCCAGGCGGUCCUGGAGGCCCGAAAACGGCUCCACCUGGUCAACCAGGAGGCCCUGGAGGACCGGGUGGUCCUGGAGGCCCAGGAGGCCCUGGAGGACCGGGUGGACCUGGAGGUCCAGGAUGUGUCAUGCGCCCAGGAGCGAAAACAACGCCAAAAAGCGGCCCAACAAAGCCUGGAGGUGCAAAGCCAACAACCGGAAAGCCUUGUAUCACUAUUCCACCAGGUAACGUAAUAAUCCAGCAUUUCAAGGGAACGUUCCACGAUCUUUAACCUUUCCUAUCUUUGCUUUGCAUCAACUUUUAUUGUCAUUUAACAGCUGUGUCCUUAUAUCUCAAAAAACUAAAAUGCUUGCACUUGUUCUGUUCCUACGUCUUGUUUGUGUCAAAACGAUAACCUCGUGAAAGAACUAGUUUAUCAAAUUGUAACGCAGAAUAUAAAAACGACUUUCUACAUGAAAUAACUGCUUUCAUUUUUAUAUUUGAGGCUUUACUGUCGUGAAGAAACCAACAACUAUUCCUACGCGGCCAGUCGGACCAUCUGGUCCCACAACAGGACCUGCUGCCACAACAGCGCCUAACAAAGGUAUUAUUGUUUUUCUUUUUCUCUUCAGUUGCGAUUUAACUUUUAAGUUCAGCUUCAUUUACAAAAAUUAAUUUCGUCGCAUUCCCUUGCUUUUGGUAGCCUUCUCCUCUAACAGUAGUAUAGUUACCAAAGAUCCUGCUUUGUUUAUGUCUCUAAUCAUACCAACAUAUUGUUCGCACAUGGUUUUUGUGGAAAAAAGCCAGGACAAGUAAAACCAAGCAGACUAAACGUUAAUAUCAUUUAACGACAAAUUUUGCUGAGACGUAAUUAUGAAAUUAUUUAAACAAUGCUAUGAAUUAAAAAAAAACCAUCGAUUGUUCUACAGUGUGCAAAGUAAAGAUGGACAUUGGCUUCGUAAUCGACGCAGCCGGCGGCCUUAAGAAAGUAUUCCACUACAUAAAGAAAUUCGUCUUGGAAUUGGUGGAUUCCUUUACUGUCUCCAGUCAGAAUGUCCGGAUUGGUUUAAUUACGAACUCGUAUCGCCCUGCAGUCAAGAUAAGCUUUGGUCAGUUUAACAAGCCGACGCAAAUAAAACGCAUCACCCGCCUGCUACAGCCCGACGGUGGAGCACGCCUAUCAGGAAAAGCGUUGACCCUUGCAUUAAGGCGGCUCUUUCCCGCUAGCAAGGGCAAGAAAACGUUGGUUUACCUAACUGCGGGUAAAUCGUCUGACCGAGUGCUUGGCCCAGUACAACAGCUUGUUGCUAUGGGAGUAAAUAUCUUCAGUAUCGGCGUUGGAACUAAUGCUGAUCUCAGUGAGACUCUCACGGUAGCUAAAGAUCCUCAGCACUCGUACAAGACCAACUUUAGAGGCCUGGGAACUAUAGUGAAACGCAUUAAAGACAAAGCGUGUGCAGGUUGGUAAGCCUUUCCUGAUUUCAGAGGCAAUUUUGAAGGAGAAAUUAAGGAGUGUCAGCAGACAGUCUAUCAAAAAUGGGCAAACCUGUAGCCCAAUGACGUGACGUAACAUUUGUCAUUGGUAAAUUAGUGGAAGAAGUAAGUACAAUGCGAACUAAAAGUGAGUCUCCUAAUAUUAGCAACAAAGAGUGUUACCAAACGACUGUCGUUUCAUAAAUACAUGUUGGAUUCUAAUCAUCACCAUAAAAACGCACAUUACUUUUAGUAAGAUGAAUAGAGUCAGAUUUUUAUGACUCUCUUGUUUUCCCCCGCAGAGGCAGGAGGUAGUGAACAGGGACCGAAAAAACCCACUAAGAAACCAAGUAAGUACAUGAGCAAUUAACAUGAUUCCAGAGUUCACGUUUAACCCCAUUUCGAAUUUAUUAAAUUUCUGUAUCAACAGAACCACCGAAGGCUGUCGCUAUUUUCCCACUGAACCAAAAGACUCGAGGAAAAGACAUUGGUCCCCUGAGGAACAGCCCAGGACUAAUAUAUGGUGUUCGACCCGCUCGUGGACCUAAUGGUCAGCCUGGUGGAGCCAUCAAAUUCCCGAAAUUUAAGACCGGCUAUGUGGAGUUUCCGAACAGUGGGAAACUGGACACCAAGAAUUCCAUAACAGUGACUGCUUGGGUCAAACCGGACGCGCCAGGGAAAAUAAUUGAGUUCAGACCGAGAGGGGUGACUUUCGGCAUUCGAUCGCCGGAUAUUUUGUACGCUCGUUUUGUCCGCCGUAACGGUCGACCAACCAAAACUGUAAAAACAAGACGGCGGGGAGUUACCUUGCGACAAUGGAGUUACUUAGCCAUUACCUAUGACCAGCGAACGGGAAUGGGAACUAUUUGGCGGAACUCUCGACCCAUUGCUUUUCAGAAGCUCGGCUGGAUCAGGCUUGCUACAAAGAAACCUCUUAGGCUUGGAGGGUUGACCCGUGGUCGGCGACCAUUCAGUGGCAGUAUCACGUGUCUUCAAGUUUACAGCGAUGCUUUGACUGGGCCCCAGAUAAAGAAUGUACAGAAUGUUUGCUUUAAACCAGGUACUAAUCACCAACCUCGACGUAAGAUAUACACUUAAACCAAUUGAAUAUUGAACAACAAUCAACCUGACAUUUUGUCCUGAUGCUGCUCAUUCCAAGCUGCAAUUAAACCAUUAUUUUCAGCUCACCCACCCUCAUAGUCUUGGAUUUGAGAAAGGCCAUGAACAUAAUUACUUGCCAUUACGCUAAAUCAAAAAAUAUUUUAUCUCUGUCAGUCUUAACAGUGAAGACUGAGGACACACGCUUUAAUUCAAAUUCUUAAGUUCUUCAUCAAAGUAGGAUGGGAAUGAAGAUAUGUGGGCUAAGUUAUAGAAUAUAAAGUAACCAGACACAUUUUUUUGGUACAAUAGCUUUUGAAGAUACGGUGUGCUGCAAUACUCCAGAAUAUUUUAGGAGUACGAGACACGCGUAGUGUACUUUUAAAAAUAUACCAGCGAAGUAUUCGAGCAUAGUCAACACGAUUACUCCAGGUGUGCGCGGGGUAUUGUGCGCGACUCGAAUACCCUAGGAUUCUAAUGCACCACGAUCACGUAUUCCAUACUCGAAUACCAGAGAUUACUUUGAUUUUUGCGCAGCGUUAGCCACAGAAAUGCAUUUGGUUGUUUUAUACCAUACAUAUCGCGGGUUAAUGUUUUUUAUUCUGUUUCCAGGGCAACCGACUCCCACCAGACCACCAACAGCCCCUGUUCCAGGUAGGAGAGCAAUCGACAGAUACCACCCAGGAGUUCUUAUUUGAACUGAUCUAUUUUGAAGUCUAGAUUUUAUAAAAUUUAAUCCAAACAUAAUGUCUUCAUCUGGCAAGGGAAGAUUUUUAUCUUGGUAUAAACACGGUAUGACCAAUUUAGUAGCGUUCCAACCUCCUGCACUCCGUCCGCAUUUCAGACUGUUAAGCCUUUUAUCUUCUUGUUUUAAAGUUUUUGUACUCUGAAAAUGAUCCUGUUGUUGUUGCAUGUUACCAGCUCUACCUCCUGCAAUGGCAUUCUUCCCCUUGAAGUCUAAAUAUGGUGCCCGUGAUAUAAGCCCAACGAAAAACCGUCCGGGAAAAAUCGUGGGUGCCUUACCAGCCCGAGGUCCUGACGGCCAGCGUGGUAGUGCGUAUAAGUUCCGAGGCCGUCCCGAUAGCUUCAUCGAGUUUCCGAACAACGGACGAUUGGAUGCAAAGGAUUCUAUAACCAUUCUUGCAUAUGUAAACCCGGAGAGCGCUGGACCGAUCUUCAAUUUUAAUCCCAAAGGAUUUGGAGUGCAUUUCUGGAUGGUUCGAAAGAAUGUUCUCUUCGCACGCUUUGUGAAAAGGUCCAAGAAGUUUACACGGCCUGUGGCUACGAACAGAGUGAAACCGGGCACUUGGAACUGGCUUGCAGCUUCAUACGAUAAGAACACUGGGUACGCACGUUUGUUCGUGGAUUCCAAAAUCUCAGCUGAAAGAAAUCUCGGCAGAAUAAAGCUUGCCACCAAUUAUCCCGUUAGAAUGGGUGCACGAAAGGGAGAUCGUCGCUUCUUCCGGGGGAAAAUAACUUGUGUUCAAGUUUACAAUGAAGCCCUGACAAGCCGGCAAAUCCGAGCCGCGAGAAAGAGCUGCUUCAGACCAGGUUUGUCGCAGACCUAUUUAAUCUGAAUUUAAAUUUUGUUCAAGGAAAAUAUAGUUAUUUUCUCGCUCUCUGCACUGUUUUUUCGAAAAUCGUAUCUCUAAUCAGUCUGAAUGAGUCGCCAGUCAACAUUUUAAGAGCAAUAGAGUGUCUCUCUUUUCCGGUGCAGUCGGUUUUACUGCAAGUAUUAUUACUUCUAGCGCCUCAUUAUGGUCUUGAAGAGAGUUCCUUUGUAAAGAAAAUGCUUAAAAUGUUUGAAUUAAAACAAAAUUAUUUGAAACAACGUUAGUGUAAAUGUUCAUUUUAGACAAGUUCUUAUCGAGUGUAUUUUCUGUUUCAGGUAAAAUCAAACCCACAAAGCCAAUUUUACCUGUUACCAAACCUACACCGGGUAAGUCUCGUUUCCUUCUUUUUUUCUUUUUUUUUCUACAUCAUCAUAACAGUUGUAAGAGUCUUAAAAAACGUUUCUUUAAGAAAAUGUGUAAGAUAUUUUUGUCCUCUGUUCAAACAGCUAUCCGUAACUUGGUGGCCGUGUACCCACUGGACGCUACUUCUGGUGCACGUGACCUCAGCCCUACCAAGAAUCUUCCAGGAAAGCUUUCGAGUGUAAAUAUCGCUCCAGGCCCUGACGGCAAACCGGACACUGCAUUGCGAUUCUCUGGCAGUCCUAACAGUUACAUAGAGUUCCCAAAUAAUGGAAGACUGGACACCAGACGUUCAAUCACUUGCAUAGCAUGGGUGUACAAUGAAGGAAGGGGAGGGCCGGUGUUCCAAUACGAUCCACGGGGAGUGGGGGUUGGGUUAAAAAUCAUUGGCUUGGAUCGAAUUGAAGCGCUCAUUGUCAGCCGAAACAGACGAAAGAAAAUUCCUGUCGUGACUCGAAAGAGGUUCUUUAAGCCCAGGACUUGGACUUACGUAGGAUUCUCGUACGAUUUCCUUUCUGGUAUUGUCACAUUGUACGUUAAUGCCAGGCCAGUCUUACGUAGGAUUAUUGGUCGAGUUCAGCUUCUUACUAACAAACCAGCCCGCGCGGGCUCAACCAGGCGUGGAAAACGAUUCUUCCGCGGUCGCUUGUCGUGUAUACAGGUGUACAGCAGAGCUCUGACCAGGCGCGAGAUCAUUGCAGUGAGAAAAAGGUGCUUCAAAGGAGGUAUGAUAGGUGAAACAGAAAUUAAUUGAAAAUGUAAGCCAGAUUACCUGCGGGUUAACUUGUAUGAUAAAUCCAUGGCCAGUCUGUAGUCUCGUGUUUUUCAAAUUGUUUUCCUCAAUAAAAUUUAAUGAGUGUAAUUACAUUAAUCGUAUGCCUUUAUUUUACCUUUUUAUUUUGUAUAGCAUCGAAAUAAUGUUCAGAGACAUUCAACUCAGAAAUCAGUUCCAGUAACUUAGCAAAAUUACAGUAGGAAUAAGAAAGAGGCAAAGGAAAAACUGAGUGCAACAAACUUACUUGCACGGAUUGAUCUUACAAUACUGUUUAAGUCAUUUUGUAUCAUUUGUUUCUCAUUUGCAGCCGGAAUAAUUCCAGGAAAACCUUCUACAGGUAAGAAGUGAAUGUCAUUGUUGCAUAUAUCACUCUUCGUUGUUCAGCGAUACUUAGAUGCGUUAAUGUACCUAUGAUGAUUUCAGGUACCCCGACGCCUGUGGCUACAUUCCCACUCAGUGGUGUACUCAGUGGACGGGAUAUCUCUCCAAAUAAGAACCCACGAGCAAAACUCCGUAAUGUGCGGCCAGACAACGGACCCGAUGGUCUCCCUUCAGGUGCCAUUAAGUUGAGAGGUAGUCGAGAUAGCUAUGUGGUGUUUCCGAACUACGGAAAACUGGACACAACGGACGAAAUAACGAUCACUGUAUGGGUGAAGCCCAAAAGCGCUGGACCAAUCUUCCAUUAUAAGCCCCAAUCCUGGGGUGGAGUACAUGUCUGGGUUGUAGGACGACCUGGUAAUCGAAAGUUUUUCGUCCGAUUCUCCACGCGUAACGGCAAAACUGUUCCAGCACUAAGAAGUAGGAAAAUCAAAAUGGGACGAUGGUAUUAUCUGGCUGUUACUUACGAUAAAAAGAAGGGAGUUGGAACCAUUUGGAGAAAUGGCUUCAUUGAUGCUCAGGUAUUACAGACAUAACAAUAGACUGUUUUUACCAACUUAACACAUUUGGACCCAUUGUCAGUAAUUAAGGAAAGCGAUAUGUUCACAUUGGUGAUGACAACAGCAUGCAGAAAAAAGUCUCGCACACAGAGUUUAAUUUCCAACUAAACCUAAUUUCUUUGCUUUUUUUUGCUGAUAGUCGCAGUCUUACGUUUUAGUUUGUUUGUGUUGUUAUCUUCGGCUGACUUUUAACCUUCUUUCCAGUACCCUUUCUCAUGAAGAGUAACAGACGCAAUAGGUUAAUGAACAAAGCAGAGUAUCAGUCAUUAACAAUAUCAUUUGUUCGCCAUUUAGCGCCGUGUUGGAAUUUACAAACUCGCCACUAACUACCCUGCUAUUAUGGGGCGAAAACCAGGGGAUCGCCGCGUAUUGAGAGGAAGCAUUUCGUGUUUGCAAAUCUUCAAGAAAGCUUUGAUUGGACCACAGAUUCGAGCACAGAAAAGGAAAUGUUUCAGACGAAGUAAGAGCUGCUUGCUUACUCUUUUUAUAUAAGAAUUUAAGUCAAACAGAGAAAGACAGAUGAACAGGAAGGGAAAGGAAAACAGACUAACUGAAAAACGUACCUACAAACUUACAGACAAAUGCACUUAAAGAAAGAUAAAAAGACAGACAGAAAGAUCAGUGAAUUAGUUUUCUUACAUUUUACAACCUAAAUUAUCUGAUACUGAACUUGUGUUUUCUCUGUAUUUUCUCUUCCAAGAACCAAAUCCUAAAAGGCCCAAGCCGAAGCCAGGUGAGUUGUUGCAAUACAUGGUUGUAAGUCUUAGGGGUGAUACCGAAGGACUGCAAAGAGUCGACCACAAACAUUUUGCGCCUAGUAAAGAAGGCUAAGGUUAAAGAGUUGAUGAUGACUCAUUGAUGAGUUGAUUCACUUACACGGUGGGAUCUGAGAUAAGUACGAGAUCAUUUAUUAGCUUGAGGCCUAGCAACGAUGAUGUAAACGAACCAAAUGAACAGUUCCUAAUGUCUGUUGUUCAUACAUGUGGUUUCUUUCGUUUAUUAUUUUGUCAUUUGCUUUCAGUACGGCUUCAUCCUCUUAUUUUGUACAAAAGCGCUUCAUGGUAUGUUUUUUGUCCUUAUUCUACAGCUCAGCCGAUGCUCAUGGGGCUCUAUCCGUUUGAUCCAAUCAGUAGAGGCCGAGACAGAAGCCCCAAUAAAGCACCUAAAGCUUUGUUCAGCAACGUCGCUUUGACCAGUGGUCCCGAUGGCCGCCCAAAAUCUGCCGUUAAACUGCGUGGCCUCCCAAACAGCUACAUUGAAAUUCCCAAUAAUGGAAAACUGCGCACGACCAAUUCCAUCUCCAUGUUUGCUUGGGUGAAACCUACAGGGACAGCAGGACCAAUUAUCAACUACGGCAGGGGACCCGCCUGGGAGACACACCUGUGGCAGACAGACCCCAAAACGCUCUUUGUUCGAUAUGUGAAGAUAGGAGGUGCCCCCACUCCGGCCGUUACUAAGGCAGUGCUGACGCGAGGCGUUUGGAAUUUCGUCGGUACAACUUACGAUGGAACUUAUGCUACACUUUGGGUGAAUGGUAAAAAGGUCGCUUCGCGUAAAAUCAACAGCAUUCGUUUGUCGACAAUUGGACCGAUAAGGAUCGGAGUGAAGAACGGCGAUAAGCGUUACUUUAAAGGCGCCGUAGCUUGUGUGCAGCUCUAUCGAGUUGCUUUACAGAAAAAGCAGAUACGGAGAGCCAUGAAAAGAUGUAUGAGACGUGAGUAUCUCAAAAAUGGAAUUGGUUUAUGUGUUCUAGGUAUUUCAUAUUUAGUGCUGAGAAAUUUUUCAGUAAGAGAGGAAACAUAUUAAACUUCACCUUUUGGUGAAUAAGUCGACUUGCAUUAAACUUAAGCGGAUAUAACCAUGUGAGAGCAGUUUUCCCAUAAUUAUUCUAGCAAAGAAAUCGGAUAAAAUCUUACUUUAGUCAAUUAAAUUAUUGUUAGCAUAAGCAGAUAUAUUAUAACAUUCCUGGAGAAACAUUUAAAGAUCAGAGAAGCCAUCACUUUCUUCCUAUUCAAAAGGGCGCGGCCCAAACUGUAAUUGAACUUGAUAAUCGCGCGAAUUUCAUAUAGUUCUUGCUGAUAAAAUAAAUAUAGAGAUAAAUGCUUCACACUUGAGGCUUUAUACUUUUACGUUUAGCAACGUUGACCAUUGAUAACUGUUUAUUUAGGACGCCCGUCUGUUCCCCGUACCACUCCACCCCCACCGCCACCAACUCAGGCACCAGCAUGUAAGUACAAAGGAUUACUUAUCCUGAUUUAACAAACAUGAAGGAAUAACUGAAGCAGCUCAGAACUCAUAUCAAAAUCUCUGUCGCGAAGCCUAUAUGGAGGAAGCAUCCUACCUAUGUCAUUAACGCCAUAGUACAUCUAGCUGAGCCCGGCUAGCUCAGUCGGUAGAGCAUGAGACUCUUAAUCUCAGGGUCGUGGGUUCGAGCCCCACGUUGGGCGUUGCAUUUCUUUUUAGCAGAAAUUAUAUCCUGAUACUAAUAUAAUGAUCUAUUAGAUUACUUACAAGCAAUUCAAGGCAUAGGCAUUUCGAAAUGAUACAACGAAACUUUGAACAUUGGAGAAGAUUAAAAGCAGACUGAGAAUUGUGUUUUGUCAUGUAUUUCUCUAGAACCGUACUUUUGUAAUGACCACAUAUAAAUAAGCGCUAUAUUUUAACAUUUUAUCAUAGUUACCCCCAAACCAGUUGUCGUUUACCCACUUAACAAGCGGUACCGAGGAAUGGAAAAGCUGGGUCGGAAUCCUCCUGCAAUACUGAGUGGGGUGCGGCUUGCACGCGGACCUGACAAACGACCCGGCGGCGCGUACCAGUUCACUGGUAAACCCAACAGCUUUGUCAAGAUCCCUAACAAGGGAAGAAUGGACACCAUGAAGGCUAUAACGGUCCUUAUAUGGGCACUACCCAAAAACCGUAUGGGCCCCAUUGUUCAGUUCGCCGACAAAGGAUCAGCCGUAAGACUGUGGAUGAUGAGGAGAAACAUGGUGUUUGCAGAGUUUGUGACCAGGCAGUCACGUGAUACCAAACCAUAUUUGGCAAGCGUUGAUAGCGUAUUACCUUGGAAAUGGAAUCACUUUGGAAUGUCCUACGACAAGGCUACUGGUAUAGCUACACUGUUUGUGAACAGUAAGCCAGUCGUGCGUAAAAAGAUUGGUUAUUUUGAUCUAUCAACCAAUCACGAUGUGUACCUGGGAGCGAGGCCAGGCGACAAGCACGCCUUCCGUGGUCGAGUGUCGUGUUUACAGUUUUUCGACAAAGCUCUUACAAGUCACCAGGUUAAGAAGAUGGGGACGAAAUGUCUCAGAGCACCUGGUAGGUUACCACGCCGGUGAAAUAGUAUACUUAAAACUCCAUUCAUCGAUUACGCUUGUGAUUUUGUCACCGCGACUCGACUAGUUUAGACUUUCAUUUAACAUUUCAUCAGCCCAAAGUUAGGAUUACAUAAUUAUUAGUCUACUUGGAGCACUGAGCCUCUUAUAUAAAAGUUGUUGAUGUUACCCUAAAAAGCUGUUUUCAAAAUUCCCGCGAGAUGCAAUAUUAAGGAGACAAACAAGAGAAGCUGAAUAUUAUACCAAAUGAUUAAGCUCCAGUUACACGAUAUUGCCGCAUAUGCCCGGCUAGCUCAGUCGGUAGAGCAUGAGACUCUUAAUCUCAGGGUCGUGGGUUCGAGCCCCACGUUGGGCGCAAAUAUUCGUUUUUCAUGUUACUUUUUGUCUAUCAUUCUCUGAUGUUUUCUGCCUUUCAAACAAACAAUUUUUUGACAGGUGUUCAGCCGUCUAUUCAACCAACCGUGAAACCUCCUUAUAAACCGAAGCCGAAACGUAAGUAAACAAAUUGCAUCUCUGGCAACUUGAGCUGGUAAACAAUAACUGAGAACUCAAAGACUUCUAUCAUUUUUACAAAUGUAAAAAAAGCGACCAACAUGAUUUUUUAUCCCACCUAUAGCUUGUCACAAAGUGGUUGCAGUUUACCCGCUGACUGCUCAAGAUCAUGGGCGGGACAUAAGCCAUAAACCCAAUCGACCCGCGAGGUUGCGGGGCGUUUAUCCUGCACCUGGUCCUGACGGUCAACGCGGGACAGCGUAUCGCUUCACAGGAAGACGCAACAGUUUUAUUGAGUUCCCCAAUAGAGGUCCUUUGGAUACAAAGGACUCUAUCACUUUACUAGCGUGGAUUUACCCCCAAGGAAAACCUGGACCCAUUGCAAACUAUCAUCCAAACGGAUGGGGUGUACAUUUCUGGCUCGAAACGCCAAGAACUUUGAUGGCGCGCUUUACGCGGCGUGGAAAACGCGGUAGACGAAGGCGGCGCUACACUGUUGCUUUACGAAGCAAACGGAUCCGAUUGAAUCGUUGGCAAUUUGUCGGUUGUAGCUACGACGGGAAAACAGGAACGGCGAGAUUGUGGAUCAACAACUAUCAAGUGGCACGGAAGUACAUCGGAAGGAUUCGGCUAGCCACCAAUUAUCCAAUUAGAAUGGGAGAAAAGAUUGGAGAUAAGCGCCGAUAUUCUGGAAGAAUCUCUUGCUUCCAAGUGUUUAACUACGCGCUGACCCAAAGGGAGAUAAGAGGAAGACAGAGGACUUGCUUCAAACAACGUAAGUGACAAGUGCUAACAAUGAGUUCUAGCGUAAAACAUAUCGAGGUAAGUUACAUUGUAAACCAAUCACCUAUUCAGAAAUUUUAGCGUCAUAAAAAUCAGCAAAUGAUAGUUCAUUUCUUAAUAAAUGGAUUAUUUCUCGUGAGAAACGCGGCUGGAAGUGAAAGCAGUUGCUGGUGAGCUGGUUGAGAAGCGUAUCAUUGCAAUGCUUUUGUCAUUGGGUAUCACACCCCUCAAUGUCAAUCAAUCAGUGUUAAAAUGAAAAUGUUAACAGAUGUUUAGAGUGAGCUGAUCUCGUCUGUUGAUUCUCAAAUGUAUAGGUAAAGGUCCUCUUCGACCACGCCCAUCAACUGGACGGCCAGUUUGUAAGUAUCAAAUACUUUUACUGCUUACCUGAAUACACCUAGAUAAUCUAACAUAGGUUUACAUUUUUCUCAGCUUAUAAAUUUUAUGAAAAAAAUUUAAGAAAGAAAUUGAGUAAAUAUUGAUAAUCUAAUUACGUCGAUUUUCAGAUCUUCCCAGACCAGUGGCGUUCUUCCCACUGAACAAAGGUGCCAGAGGAAGGGACCUUAGAAACAGGAGCCCUACAGGAAGGCUCAAUCAUGUUCGUGCGGCUCCGGGUCCUCUCGGCCGACCAGGCGGGUCCAUCCAACUUCUCGGCAAACGGUCUAGUUACGUUCAGUUUCCUAACAGACGCGGAGGUGCACUCGAUACGUCAUACUCCAUGACGGUGUUGGCAUGGAUUUAUCCUGAAGGUACCGCAGGGCCCUUAUUUAACUACCAUCCAAGCGCCCGUGGAGUCCAUUUCUGGCUAAAAACUCCGAGAACGUUGUAUGCCAGCUUUAUGCGUCGAAAGGGAAGAAAAUUUACAGCGCCUGUGAGGAGCAGAUCCAUACAGCUGAGAAAAUGGCAAUUUGUCGGAGCAAGUUACAACAGAAAUACGGGCACAGCAGCGCUGUGGAAAAAUGGAAAAAAGAUUGCAAAAAGAUUUAUCGGUCGAAUACGACUUGCCACUAACUAUCCAGUACGCAUGGGAGCUAGGUCUGGAGACAGACGCUACUUUAAGGGACGUGUUACUUGUCUGCAAGUCUAUUCAGUGGCGCUAACUGCAGCGCAAGUGCGACGUGCCGCUAAGAAAUGUUUCAAGGCGGGUGAGUUAUAAAGCCUUCUAAGAUAGUUAUCUUUGAUCAUUUAUCCAGCUGACAAUUUUGUUUUUGUUUGCUUCACUUCUAUUUGAAGAAACAUAAUUCAAAAUGUGCAGCGCGACUAUGAUGUGGCUGAAAAUGAUCUUUCGGGAAAGAUAUCUGUUUAAAACACUUCAUUUGGCAUAUUUACUUUCUGAAAUGAAGCGCGUGACUGUAGGCUAAAUAAUUUGUUCAACGAAAUAACCUCGCAUAUAAUGUUAUCUGUACCCUCUUACCACUUGACACACUGCAUUGGGUUUUCGCACCCUUAAUGCUGUCAAAGGAAAAAUCCGAUUAAAUAAGACACGGUUAUCUCACAACCAAUUGUCUAAAUCGUAUUUGCAAGCACCAUAUUGCCACAUAUGUCUUCAGCUUUUUUACUAUCUUAUAAAAUGGCAAGGGAUCUGUGCAAUCCUUAUGGGAGACCUUGCUUUGUCGGAUAUGUUGUAUUGUAUGUUAAUAUUAGGUUUCAAAGAAAUCCUGCGCAAUAUCUUGAUAAUAGCCAAAUAACAUUUUUGUUAUUCGCCAGCUCCAGCUCCAGUACGGCCACGACCAACCCUCAGACCAACACGGCCCACUGCUCCCAGACGUGAGUAACAGUUUUAACAUAUUUCUAUGCCAAAAGAGAGAUUUUAACUCUAAAGUGUAUUGUCAAAUAUUUGUCCAUCUACUUGCAGCAUCCUAUAAUCCUGUCGCCGUCUACCCAUUGAGUGCCGCCACUAAAGGACGGGACCUGAGCGCUCGCAAAAACCCUCGGGCCAUCCUCGGUAGCGUUCGUCCGGCUCCGGGCCCCGACGGAAAGAAAAGAAGUUCGUAUCAGUUUUUCGGCCGCCCGAACAGUUACAUACACCUUCCAAACAACGGCGCACUAGACACAGUGAAUUCCAUCACAAUAUCCCUUUGGGUGUAUCCCCAGGGGCCAGGACCGCUCGUCAAUUAUAACCCCAAGGGACAGGGAAUGCAGAUUUGGAUGGUCAGCCCGACGCAACUGUUUGUCAGGUUUGUCCGACGCCGAGGCCGCCGUCUAACCUCGCCUCUCAUCUAUAGAAUAUACCGCAGAAGUUGGAAUUACGUGACAGCGGUAUACAACCGAAGAACAGGAGUGGCGAGACUUUACGUAAAUAACCGGCUGGUUAGACGAAAACUGAUCGGAAAGAUACGCUUGGCAACUAAUUAUCCUGUUAGGCUUGGUGCUAAGAUAAAGGGUCGCAGGAGUUUCAAAGGACGUUUGGCCUGUCUGCAAAUCUACAAUACCGCUUUGACAGGAAGGCAGAUUGCUUUAAGAAAGAAGAUGUGCUACAGAACACGCGGUAGGAUUGGUUAUGAGAUUUCUUGCGCGUUUCGUGGUGAUUCAGAAUGCUGUAUUUUUUAACCACUUUAUUUUGGCGUGGUACAGUUCAGAUCCUUUUCAAGCCAUUGCCUUUUCAGGGUUCUUAAAUGCUUAAGAGUGCUUGUGACACAGGACACAUCAAAUUAGGUUCCUUCGUUAACAUCUCGAAAUAGAAACUUAUAACAAGUAUCUUAAAUUUAUGUAUUUUUUCAUAGUAAAACGAAAGGUUUCUGGACACAACGUUUAAUUGGGAACGAAUAAACAGGAGCCACAUUCAUUAAUAGCACUGUGUAAAUCCAUUGAUUUGUGACGUAUACUUUAAACAGUCUUGAUAUGUAUUUUUUAUGUUCUAAAACCAAUUUCUUUUCUCUGUUUUCUUUCAAAGGCCCUCUUCCUAUUUCAUCUGCACCAAAACCGAUCAGACCAGGUGAGUUUUAACUUUGAAAAAUUUAAUAUUCCUAAAUUUACCACAAUCAGAGCGGGAAAAUAAUUGUCGAACGGUAUCUAACAACUGUUCACCGAAGUGGAGGUGGCCACUGUUAGCCACGGACACUUAGGUGAAGAGCUGUUUUAGUAUAUACUAAAAUAAUGAGAUGAUGUAGCACAAAACAUAAUUUAACUCAUUUAUCCCUGCAACGAUUACAAUGUUUUCGGGCGCAAAUUCCGCGCGUGUUGCUCGAAGGUGAAUUGCAAAGAAUAUUCGGAGUCUGAGUUGCAAAUCAGAGCGCACCUUCAACACUAUCCUCAUAUUUCUAGUAUAUACUAAACUGUGAUAUUUUCCAUUGAUUUUUUUUGUGUGUACAUAAGCUUUUUGACGAGUUCUAAAACCUUAGUUUAUUUUUUCAUUAUUCCCAAGCAUGCCAAAAGAGACUGGACAUAGCGUUCUUGUUGGAGAGCGGAAGGAUAAGUUCCAGUAACUUCCAGCGCACUCUUCGUUUUAUCAAGAGACUUGUGGUGUCAUUCCCACGUGCCAGGUUUGGUCUCGUGUCGUAUUCCAAGCGUGCCACCAAAGUCUUCGGAUUUUACAGGUAAUUGUUGUAAUUUCGAUGCAUUUCAA